GCUUAUUUUCAAUUUUGGGAAAUAACAGGAUCCUGACGAAAUUUGCACUGACGCACACCUCACUCGCUUUUUGUUGUGCAACAUCAUCAUGCGCGUCCUCCCCUGCUGCAUUCGAGCGUGCGUGCUGCGUGCGGAAGGCGGAACACCACGUGCUUCUUCACCAAGAGUUGAAUGAAUUCGAAACGGCGAAUAAGGCGAGCACACCACGAUAAAGGUUAGCAGCACGCGCCGAGUGUCUUGACGCCUUGGAGGGAAUUCCAAUUCCUCCGAAGCAGAAACAUGCGCAAUGGCACUCCGCUCCGCUCCAUGUUCCACGCUGUUUGGGAACUUUCAACGUAUAAAUCCUUCCAAACGCGUCAUAUGACGUCACUCGCGAAAACAAACCCAAACCCUGAACGCCCAUCUCCCCAGCACCCACCAGGACCGACAGAAUGGACAGGCGCACGCAUGGCAAAAAUGUUUUGCGCCCUUCACGGGCACACGGGCUGUGACAGUUUUGGGUAGGCGCGGACAGUUGUUUUUAUGUAACAAAAUCAAUUCGGCCCCCAUAGGCCCCAAGAGCCGAAAAAAGAACGACCGACAAACGGCCGGCCAUUUGUUUGUUUUGCCGGGGUCACAGUGUGUUUGUGUGUGUGUCGGUUGGCGGCAUCACCGGAAGUUUGAUUUGGUUUCCUGAUUUUUUGUUUUGUUUUAUGCACCAAAGGUAAGAAUGCAUCAGCAGUAGCGGCUGCAAAACAAAUCAGCCAAGUGACACACACACACAAGUGGGGAACCGGAAGUAACCACCAGCAAUGACAAUCAGCAGCAACAGUGCGCUGGUGAUGCACAACCGGUUCAAGAACAUGACCCGCCGGUUGCGCUUCUCGCCGCGUAGACGCCAGUACUGUGUGCUGACCAGUGCCGCGAUCCUGCUGCUGGUAGUGGUCGGUGUCAUGGGCUACCUGCUGACCGGCAUGCACUACUGCUUCGAUGUGCUGGUCGAGUGGAAGGUGUCUAAAAUAUGCAAUCAGUAUUACACGAACGAAGUGACCGGCUACAUGUGUCCGGAGCUGUGUGCCGGCGAUACCAUCUCGGAAUUUCACUGUCCGCCCGCUUCCCACGCGGCAGCGUAUCCGUUCAAUGCGCAUCGCUUUCUGGCCCGCAAAGCCCAACAGUUUGUGGUGGUGAAGCAUGCCGUGCCGGAUGCAAGCUACGAGAAGCUGUCCUGGAUCGACAGCCACCGGCAGGAGGAACACUACCCGACCGAGCAGGAGUACGGCGGUAUCGUGCGGCGCUACAUCGAGCUGCGCUACGGCGUGCAGCUUCCGUUCGACAAGCUUGCGGGGCUGCUGGCGCUGAAGAACAAAAACAAUCGCAUCCUGUUCCACGCCAGCAUGCGCAACAGCUGGAACCUGAUCCAGAACAACGAGUACCUGCUGAGCCGGCUGUACGAGGAGAAGGAGAUUUUCCCGCAGGUGCUCGGUACGUGCGGCGAGCUGUUCCUCACCGAGCUGCUCGAGACGGUGGAGUUUGUCGAUGAGGGCCGGUACCAUUUUACCAACCACAUCGACCUGUCCAAGUGGCGGUACCAUCUGAAGGUGGCCGUGCUGGUGCUGGACUAUCUGGACGAGAUGGGCCAGAACCGGUUCCAGAUGUGUUCGGUGGUGCUGGGCGGGUUUGGGAUAAGUGACAGCCGGAUGAAGUAUCACGACUUGCGGCACAUCAGUACGGAGGCGGCCAUCGAUCGGCGGCUGUCGGAUGGGCGCACGUGUGCGGUGGAUGCGGACUGUAGCUACUACGAUUGCCGCAGCCGGUGCAAUGCGACCAGCCACCAGUGUACGGCCGGUUUGCUGAACAACAAUCUGCAGAUUGUCUGUGAAAAGAUAUUUCGCGGCACUGCCGAGGAGCCCGGGAUCCUGGUGACGGAGAAAAGCUCGCCCCGGUUGCUUCGCAUACUGGACCGGUGUGCGCGACCGGCUAGUCGGUCGGAUGUGGACGCCGCCCGUCCGUGGGGCCCUUCGAAGACGCUGAAGAAGCAGCUGUACAACGAGCUGACCAGCAUUUACGAGCAGCUUGCCUCCUCGCUGUACUCCUAACUUUGGGGUGCGCUUUCGCACCGGGAAAUGGCGAGACGCGUUAGUCAAUGGCAGUGAUAAUCAAAAACACGUGUGCGCACAGACACGUUGUGCGUACAAGUAACACACAUGGUAUUAAGCGGAGAUGCAGUUCGGUUGCAGUUCUCGGAGACAAUCUCUCUCUCUCUAUCUCUCUGCGUAACGAUAUUAUUUACGAUAUUCUUUCAACGCUUAUUAACGGGCUAUGUAGUGCAGAGCAUUCAGAGGUGAAGUAGAGUGAAUAAACCACACAGUAACAGUAUUGUGGACAAUCGA